GGUUCGUUUCAGUUGCGCGCAGCUGAGCAAGCAGCAACAGAUUUGAAGCUGGUUCUCUUUUGUUUUUUACUAAUAUUUGUGUGUAAGUCUUAACAACAGUCACUAGUAAACAAGCACAUGUAUUGCAACUAAGAGAUUUUUGAGCGCGCUAAAACAUCCUUGAACUGUGCAUCAAAUCUGUCUUAGAUGUUGCGACGCGUGCUUGGGUUUAGCGUUUUAGGCGCUGGCCUCGUCAGCACUGGCCUGAGCCUCCAUACGAAUGACUAUGAACUUAAUUCGCUAGGAAUUGUGCGCUUGACGCGUUCCGCCUGCGCUGUGGUCGAUGUGGCGCUCACCUACAAGCGGGAGCUCUAUUAUAAGGAGUGGGACAAGACCACGCCCGAAUACAAGGCUGAGAAGAGUCGCGUGCAUAAAAUCGCCGCUGAGAAACUACUGGAGCUCAUCUGCACAAAUAAGGGUGUAUAUAUCAAAGUGGGUCAACAUAUUGGAGCAUUGGAAUAUCUGUUGCCCAAGGAGUUUGUACAGACCAUGAAGGUGCUGCAUUCGGAUGCGCCACAGAAUCCAAUCGAGGAUUUAUAUAAGGUCAUACGGCAGGACUUGAAACGUAAUCCCGAGGAUUUCUUUGACGACUUCGAGCGUGAGCCGCUGGGCACUGCAUCAUUGGCACAGGUGCACAAAGCGCGACUGAAGACAGGUGAAGUGGUGGCUGUUAAGGUGCAGCAUCCAUAUGUCAAAGGCAACUCGCGCGUCGACAUGAAAACCAUGGAGCUGGCCGUCAAAGUGCUGGCGCUCAUAUUUCCCGACUUUAAGAUACAAUGGCUUGUCGAGGAGUCCAAGAAGAAUCUGCCCAUUGAGCUGGACUUCCUGAACGAGGGCAAAAACGCCGAAAAGGUCGCCGAGCACUUUAAGAAAUACAGCUGGCUGCGUGUGCCGAAAAUCUAUUGGGAGCUGAGCUCAUCCCGUGUGCUAGUCAUGGAGUAUCUGGAGGGCGGACAUGUCACGGACUUGGAUUACAUUAAGAAACAUAAUAUUGAUGCCUUUGCGGUGGCCAACAGAAUCGGACAACUUUACUCGGAGAUGAUCUUCUCCACGGGCUUUGUGCACAGUGAUCCGCAUCCGGGCAACAUACUCGUACGACAGACGCCCAAAAACAAUUUGGAAAUCGUUUUGCUGGAUCAUGGACUCUAUGCGAACCUUAGCGAUAAGUUUCGCUAUGAAUACUCAAAGCUUUGGCUGAGCAUCUUGAAUGUCGAUCGCAAAUCCAUGCGAAAGCACAGCGAGCAGCUGGGCAUCAAGGGAGAUCUGUAUGGACUGUUUGUUUGCAUGGUGACGGGCCGACCAUGGGAUACACUGAUGCAGGGCAUUAACAAAGUCAAAUACUCCAAAGAAGAGAAGAACACACUGCAGAGCAACACGUCGCUGGUGCUGCCCCACAUUUCGGAUGUGCUCGAGCAGGUGGAUCGGCAAAUGUUGCUCAUACUGAAGACAAACGAUUUGAUACGUGGCAUUGAGUCAACGUUGCGCACACAGAACCGCAUGACCGCCUUCUGGGUGAUGUCCAAGUGCUGUGUGCAAUCCUCCUACGCGGAGCAGCUGGCAAAACAACCGGAGGCAGCGAAACGCUGGCAGUUGAGGCUACGCGAACGUUGGGAUCUAUUCAAAUUGAAUGUCUACUACCUCUAUCUGGGGUUAAUUAACUUUGGAUUUCUAGCGGCGCUCAAGCAGGUGCUUUAGCUUGGAUAGCACUCGAAUUGAAGUACAAAUUAAAAUGGGAUAAAUGCAAACAAAAAUGAAUUACCUCGUUGUCUCUGCAGGAUCAGGCGGCGUUCGUUCUCCCGACGCUUGCGCUGCGUGGAGCUCUAGUUUGAUGGUUGUUUGAAGAGUUAAAUUAGCUCAUCGAUUAUAGAUAGAUAUAAGAUCUUAGCAAUAUGUUACCACUAUAAAAGCCAAUGGCAUCAGCAUGACAAAGAGAACAAGUAGCACAAUGUAGAACGUAUAGCCCGAAUAGAAAUACACAUAGUCCGGCUGUGGAUAGUAAUAGGGAUAGUCUCCUGAGUUGCCAUUGGGAAACGGUGCAAGUGUGCUGUUGUCGUUAUAUGAGCUGUUCAUCGAGCUCUGGAUUGUGGCAGUCGUUGUGGACGCCACUGAGGCAGUCACUGCCGUUGAUGGCGUUGCAGGUGUCAUUCAGAAAUAUUGUUUCUACUCGUUGUGUCCGCUCGAAUUGAACUGAAGCCCCCCAAAUUGAUGGGCGACCGACCACUCAUCCAUGGGUCAGGCUCAUGGUUCACAUGUUUGCUUUGUAAUCAUUAGCUGAUAAGGUUGACAAAAA